AUGGAGCCAUCAAGUGUCUUUGCCAUUCAGUUAUUAGAGACACUACCAGAGCCAGAGAUUGCCGAGAUUCAACGGCGACAGUCUGACAUGAGUGUGUCUCUUCAAAAAGCCAAUUCAUCUCUUUCAGCGCUGAACGAGUUCUCGGCUGUUAAAUGGGCGGGUCUUCAUCCAAAAUUCGAAGCACAUACAAAGCUAAUCAAGGAGCUACAGUCGGAUCUGGACUAUGUAUUUCGCAAGAUCCGAGCAAUCAAAGCCAGCCUUAAUCUACCCAAUAUAGACGACGACGACGAAGAAGAAGAAGAAGAAGAAGAAGGAGAAGGAGAAAGGGAAGUAGAAGAACAAGGAGAAGGGGAAGAAGAAGCACUAGGAGGGGGGGAGGCUUCAGAAGAGCGGCGUGGGGAGGAAGAGGAGAGAAGAGAAGCAUCGAAAGAUUCUGCAAACAGCAAGAAAUCUUGA